AUGACGAGGAAUAGGACUAGUGGCGGUGCAACAGCCUCCUUUUGGCAAGGCGCUGAUGAUUCUGACUUGAUGCAGACCAUACAUGCUAGCACAAUAGUACCAGAUGACGAUAGUAGAGCUAGGAGGUUUGAAUGGAGUCUCAGGCCUACCAUUAGAGGUCGUGUAAUGGUUUUAUGCCUCCCGACAUAUGCCAUUGUGGUUGAGGCGGCACUAGUUGCAGAAAGGGAGUUGGACGAUACUACGCAAAUUAAAGAGUCUAGUCCACGAUCUAGAGAUUCACGUUCUAGAGCUGGCUCUGGUAAGAGGCAAAGAACUUCAACACCGCAAUCUCAGGGUGAUCAGACGUAG